UCCUUUUUAUAAACAUUAGAUAUAUGAUAACAUCUGUGCAGUGAAACAGGCCAUGGCCGAGUUUCAAACCAGUUACUAUAAGUUUGAUUCACCUUCGGAUGAAGAAAUACCAAACAAUGAAGAAGCCUACCUCAUGCACGCAGCGGACAGAAAUAAAGCACAAUGGCACCAUAUCGAAGACCUUGAUGGUUUCUUUGUUCGUGUUUACCAAUAUCAUCAAAACCACGGCUUCGGAUGCAUUUUGCUUCAGCAGAUAUUUGAGCUAGUACAAUUCAUAUUUGUUGUUGUGUUCGCUACUUUCCUCCUUGUAUGCGUUGAUUAUGAUAUUUUAUUCGCCAACAAACUUCCUCCUGGGUUUGAUGUUCGGAAUCUCACAGAUAAAGUUACCUUAGAUGAUGCUGUGAUUUCAUCCGCUAAAUGCACUGAAAGGGUUGGACAAAAUGGAGUUCUUGUUCUAUUUAUUCUCAUUGCUGCUGUGUUUUGGACUCUAAGAGCUGUGAAAGUGUUCUACAAUUUCUUUCGACUGCUCGAAAUACGGAAAUUUUACAAUAUUGCAUUGCGUAUUAAACAGAAUGAUCUGGACAAUAACACUUGGCAUGAAGUGCAACAGAGGUUAAUGCUUGUUCAGGAAGAACAACAAAUGUGCAUUCACAAGCAGCAACUAACUGAACUUGAUGUAUACAACAGGAUUCUACGUUUCAAAAACUACAUGAUAGCAAUGGUCAACAAAGGUUUGUUCCCACCAAAGUUUCGCGUCCCAAUCCUUGGCGAUGUCGUGUUUUUCACCCAAAGCAUGAAAUACAACAUGGAACUUAUUUUCUUUUGGGGUCCCAGGGCAAUUUUUGCAAACAGCUACCAUAUGAAGGACGAAUACAAAAGUAAAUCCCGUCGAGAUCAACUUGCUGCUAAACUCUCUUCUGACCUCUUGUGGCUUGGUCUUAUAAAUCUUCUCCUUUCUCCAAUUAUCCUCAUGUGGCAGAUCCUCUAUUCCUUCUUUAGCUAUGCUGAGGUUCUUAAGCGUGAACCAGGGAGCUUUGGUGCUAGACGUUGGUCAAUGUAUUCACGUCUAUACCUGCGACACUUUAAUGAACUUCCGCACGAGUUCCAAGCAAGACUUAACCGAGGUCACAAGCCAGCGUCCACCUACAUGGCAACUUUUACUUCCCCUGUACUAACAGUGCUCGCAAAGAACGUUGCCUUCUUCGUCGGUUCUCUCCUCGCCGUUCUUCUCGUGCUCACAGUGUGGGACGAGGACGUGCUAAAGGUGGAACACGUCCUCACUGCUCUUACUAUCUUUUCCAUCAUUAUAACCAUCUGCAAAUCUUUCAUCCCAGACGAGCACGCAGUAAGCUGCCCUGAGCAAUUGAUGCGUCAAGUUGUGGCGCAGGUUCAUUAUGCACCAGACUCGUGGAGAGGUCAGGCACAUACUUGCAAUGUGCGCGACCAGUUUGCCCAGCUGUUCCAAUUUAAAGCGGCGUUUGUAAUCGAGGAGUUGCUCUCUCCCAUCAUCACUCCCCUCCUCCUGAUCUUCUGGAUGCGAGGAAAGUCACAUGAAAUCAUUGACUUCUUCCGAAACUUUACUGUGGACAUCGCUGGAGUCGGAGAUGUGUGUUCCUUCGCACAACUCAAUGUUAACAAGCAUGGCGACCCACAGUGGCAGACUGAAUCCUCCCAUGCUCCCUCCUUCAAAGAUCAAGCGGAUGAUGGGAAGACGGAGUUAUCUUUGAUGCAUUUCGCCAUCACUAAUCCAAAGUGGGUUCCCCCACCAGAGGAAAAUCAACUGUUGGAAAGUGUUAGGGCGCAUGCGCAGAAAGACGCUGCGGAGAUUGCUGACGCCAGAGCGACACAAAAUCCACUUUUGACUUCUUUGCAGUCGCUUGGUUCGGUUGACAUGCUGCCAACCAGCAUUUUAUUGAGCGGAUAUGGAAGUUUUCCAGCGAUGCAAUCAACGACUGGGCAACAAACACGAAACCCCAACGGUCAAGAAACAGCUAUAAAGAAUCAACAGCGUCAUCCAACGGAAGUAUAUCGCGGCCUGAGUUCAAGUGAGGGUCCGGUUGGUGGCGCUACAGACGGUUUAUUCUCGAGUGUAAUAUCUGGACAGCGCGAUGGUUUCCCAGCAAAUGUUUCGCUUGACCGAUCUUUACAGUCGACUGGUUUCGGGCAAAUGAACGCAGCUGAGAAAGUAAGAGAGAUGGCUUCGCUGGAGAUGAGUAUGGGUGCCCUAUACAUGCAUGAGCUUCACCACCAGCGGUUGAACCUACGUCAUGAGCGAAUGAUGUGGGAGACCAUACCUGAUGACGUCAGCAGUUGUCAGGGCGAUCCGAGUCAAUCAAAUGUCGCGUCACAACGUUUUAACCCAUCGCAGCGACUUGACAGCGGGUAUAAGGCCACCGGACUAGCGAAAGAGGAUAUUUUUGGAAAACACUCUGCUGACGUCAAAACGAUUCCGAAUUUUUCAUCUAAGCGCCAGGUGUCGCCAACCGACCAACCUUUUAUUUCUAUGGACGUACGACAACCUCUACAGGUGCCAGAUGACAAUACAUCGGACAGCGAUGCAGCCCCACAGGAAUUUCAUCUUACUGACAACCAUUCUGACGAUGAAGAGAUUCCCCUCACUUUAAGAACAGAACCAUCUACUUCAAAUUACCUACCACCGCAGGUAUAGCAUACAAUGUGAGAAUCAUUUAUAUAUCGCUGCAACAGUUGACGGCUCUUUCUUAUCGUACUGUGCAUUGAUAUAGACAAUUCCCCCGACUCCUUAUGCUCGGAGAGUGACCAGAUAUAUCUCAACAUACAAGACUCUACAUACAGCCCUACAUACAAACUUAAACAAUUAAAACGAAAUAACUGUAAAAUAUAUAGUAAGUGGGGGAAGAUGGGACACUUUUUUCUCCCAUUUUUUCGUCCCAUUUGGUAGUAAACAAAGAAAAUUCAAAGAAUUAUAAAACCGUAUUCUCACGACCCCAUCAUACCAUUGUUAAUUGUUUAAAACAGGAUCAGGAUAUUUGGAUAUUAUGUGCUAAAGGUGUCCCAUCUUUCCCCACUCUACUGUAUUACUCCUAAAUUUAAAAUUCUUGUUAAGUAUUUUAAGUCAGGCAGUCGUAUACCGAAAACCAAAAGACGACUUUUUUUCCGGCUGUUUAGCAUGCUUAAUUUUUAAAUUAUAUCAGUGUUAUGUGUGAUCCUGCUUUUUAGUAAUAUUCUUGUGAAAAGCAUAUUUUGUGUAUUUGUUAGUGCACGCUUAUUUACGCGGAUUGUUGAAAUAAAUUUUUAAAAA